CUAGCAGUCGUCACUCCGUGUAGCCUAGCUUAGCUUCCAACAGACAACAACUGUGUCGUCGAGUUUAGCUUCCAGCAGACAACAACUGUGUCGUCGAGUUUAGCUUCCAACAGACAACAACUGUGUCGUCGAGUUUAGCUUCCAGCAGACAACAACUGUGUCGUCGAGUUUAGCUUCCAGCAGACAACAACUGUGUCGUCGAGUUUAGCUUCCAGCAGACAACAACUGUGUCGUCGAGUUUAGCUCCCAGCAGACAACUACUCGCCGCCAUGGCUCACACAGCACAGCCCAGUGCCUUCGACGCCAACAGCCCUCACAUCCAGGUGGAACACGAUAGAAAACGUCGGCAGUUUGUCAUAAGACUGAACGGGUCCCACGAUCGGGCAGUUCUUCUCUAUGAAUAUGUGGGGAAGAAGACUGUGGACUUGCAACACACUGAAGUUCCGGAUGCUUACAGAGGGAGAGGGAUCGCCAAACACCUAGCAAAGGCGGCCAUGGACUUUGUGGUGGAAGAAGAUCUGAAGGCCCACCUGACCUGUUGGUACAUUCAGAAGUAUGUCAAAGAGAACCCCCAACCGCAGUACUUUGAGCACAUUUACCAAUGACCCAAGGACCAGGCAGAGAAGGAGCUGCCGGGCAUUGUUAGAAGAAACUUGAACGCUGGGGCAAGCGCUCACGUCCGUCCACCACAAGAGGACUGAAGCAGGACGCCGACCACCUGGACCGUGUUCAGUCCAUGAAACGCUUCCCCGUGUAAAUACCAUGUCCUCAAAGGAAUGGGAGUGGUAUUUCAUUGGCAUGUUUCUCUCCGUUGUGUUGAUUCCAAAUACCGGCAUUCCAUGUGAUGCAGGACAAGUUCAAACAAUUUAGCCAUAAAUUGUCAAACCUCACGACUUUCCUCCGGGCUGAAAGACUAGAUAAACCCACGUCCUUCCAGGGGUAGUUGGACAGUCACCUCCUGCCAAAAAGGACAAUAAAGAUUCAAGUCUCCGCCCCAACAUCCGCUUCCUGUCCACUCCAAUACUGCGACCCAAAGACUAGUUGUGUUCAAGGACCGCCACAUUAAAACACAGUAGGCCUAAGUAGUCAUUAAAAGCAAGUAUAUUUGGCCACUGUAACAUUACUCACAGUGUGAACAGUAACACACAACACGCUGUUUGAACAUUCACUUCAGUCAUUUGCCGUACCACCAGAUGGAGCCUGCGUACCUUUUGUUUUCUUGUCAAAACUCUGCUUUGGCUUCACGGGAGCCUUUUUGCUGUUGACAAUCUUAAGUCGUGACAGAGAAACCUCAGGAAAAACACCAGCAGGCGUCUGAGAACUAUGAGAGCCAGUAGGUGUGUGUUCCUUUAAGAGCUCAAUAGGCUCUAUUGUCUGAAUAAAGUCAUCAAGGUGACUUUCACUGAAGUAUUGACUUGC